AUGUCAAAGCCCCAGAUUGUCAAGCAAGAAACAAUUACCAGUCCAGAUGGACUCACUUCCACAACCACAACCGUGGAUAGCGACGGAGUGACCACCACCACUUCCACCUGCGGAACAGUCUCCACAACCACUGUUGUGGGCCCCGACGGCACUCAUACCGCCAGUGAAGGUGACGCUGCCUUCGAAUCGUCUUUUCCCAACCUCGUCAAGAUCCCCGUGGGACAACCCCAAGAAGCAAAUGGGACGACUCCCAUCAACAGAAGAGGCGCCAACCCCAGCUCGUCGGUUCGCAACAAUUACAAGCACCCGGACCUCCACUCCGAGCUGACCGCCAAGAGUUUUGGAAACGGUAUGUUUUCUCUCCUUGACCUGUCCUUGAUUGGUUUGGUAUUCUCUGUGCUUAUCUUGGGUGCCCUCGUCGGCAAGAUCGUCGACCACACCUACUUUGCCGACAAACGAAACUUCCUUAACAUCUUGUUUGUCAAGAAUGGAUGGCUCUGGACCACAAUUGCAUUUGGGUACAUUGUAUACGAGACGUUCUCUGGUUCAAUUGGCCUGGGUGUCUCCUUUGGCACAAACACCUCUACGGGAACCCGAACUGGAACCACCCACGACGGAGUGUCAGAAACUAAUUCCGAUAGCAAGGCCAACGCUGCUCUGAAACUGCUGGUCGGCAUCUCUGCACCUACCCCCAUUGGCCAGCUCUCCCGAUACAUUAUCCACUCUCUGUGGUGGCUUCUCUUCACCCAGUGGUUCCUUGGUAUCCCCAUCAUGGACCGGUUCUUUGUGGCUACCGGUGGCAAGUGUGAGUACCAGAAGGAGAACGCAAGCCCUAUUACUGGUAAGACGAUAUCAUCAGCAUCCUGUAGACGGUCUGGGGGCACCUGGAUCGGUGGCUACGAUCCUUCCGGUCACUGCUUCCUGCUGGUGCUGAGCACCAUGUUCCUCGUCUACGAGACCAUCCCUCACAUCAAGCGACGACCAUACAAGCUUAGUGCCAAGAUUGCUCUGGGUACCGCUGCUCUGUGGACUUGGAUGUACUUUAUGACAUCUCUGUACUUUCACACCUUCUGGGAGAAGCUUAUGGGAGUCAUUUUUGGAUUGCUGACUGUCCAGCUUGUCUACGUCGUUAUUCCUUAUCUGACUCGACCCAAGCCUAGUGUUGGCUCUAACAAUUGA